AUGAAUAACUUGAUAGUGCCCAUAUCUCCCACACAUAAUAUUAUUCAACCACUAGGGAGUUACAGUAAUCCAGUAGUGAUUGAGGAUGUGGAAGCAACGAGUGAAAGCACUAUUUCCUAUAUAAUAAUAUCUGACGACGAGGUAGACGGCCAAGGAGACUCUGACAUGGACAUAGAGUCUGAAAGUGAAGCAAUCCAGUUGCCGCGUGUGUUGGGAGAUCAAAGUAAUAACGUUCCCUCUGGAAGAGACCUUCAAGGAGUCGAUUGUUUUGCGCCGGAAUCUCUCCCAGUCGAAAAUAACUUUGUUGGUGAGGCGUCCUCCAAGAAGGGAAAGUCGGUCCGUUUCCAACUGCCUGUCCAAGCGAAUGAUGUUUUCUUUGACGGAAACACUCAAACCAAAUCUUUCCCAGAAGUUUGCGCAAAUUUACGCGGGACAACUAAGGCACAUUUAUUUGGUUAUUCAGAGUCAAUUAAGGAGAUCGAAAAUAUUUUCGGCAAAAGACUAAAAUUUGCUCACGAUAGUCAGGUUCAGCCCAUUCCGAACACUCCUGAUGAGCCGCUUAAGCCAAUAGGCUUGACAAGGAGACAGAAAAAACGCCUUCGUACCAAAAACGUAGAGAAACCAAGAUCCAUACUGUCACGUAAAAUGAUGGAUCGACUGAACGAACUAACUCAGAAGCACGCCGAAAAACCUUGUUUUCAAGCAGAACCAAUGGAUAAUUACGAGCAUGAGAGAGAAAAAAUAAAUGCACCCGUUCCAAAGUUUGGAAAUAGACUUCGUCUGGCUGUCUGCGAAAAUAUCCACCAAAUACAACCGCCUCCUAUUAUAGACGAAAAUAUAUACCAGUUAAUUCAGAGUGACUGCGAUGAGAUGCGAGCUAUACGAGCUAGCUACUUUAAUCUAGCACUAGCUCACAUUGCGUACCAACAUUACCAAACCGCAAGUGAGGGUUGCCUGACUCGUAUGACUUCAGCUUUUACCGAAGAUACAUUAAAUAAUAUCACGAAUCAUUUUCAAAUGAACGUUGGAUUUGUCGACUAUUUAUAUGGACUAAUGAGAUGUGAAGGCGAAGAAAAGGCGUUGAAAUAUUUCGAGCAAGUUAUUGGUGAUGCUAUGAAGCUUGUGUGGACAUUGAUGCAGACGAAAUUGAGAGAGAUAUGA